AUGCAGAAUGAUCUAAAUCAAUCAUUGAAUUAAGACUUAAUUAAGCAAACAAUUAUGGUUAUUGGAUUAAUAUAAGCUGGAAAAACUACACUUGUUUAGAAAUAUACAGCUAUAAACUAAAAACUUUUCUAAGAAUCUUGUAUCUCUGAUUAAAAUAUAGAAUUAAUUGACACACCUUCCUAUGAUUAUUAUUUUACAUUACUACCUUUUAGGGAUCCAAAAGUUACUGGAUAUUUAAUUAUAUUUUGUGAACAAAAUUUAGAAAUUAUGAAAUCGAUUAAGUAAAUUAGGAAAAAAUUAUUUUAAAUAAAUGGUUAGCAUAAAAGGACCAUAAUACUUUUUAAUGAAUUUUCUUUUGAUAAUCAAUCUUCUGAAAUUCAACAAGAAAUUGUAAAUAUCAAAUAUUGGUGCAGAUAGCAAGAUAUUAUAUUUUCUUAAAUUAAUGUAAAAAAAGCUUCAUCUAAAGAAAUUAGUAAUUUUUAUCAUUAAGUAGUUAAUAUUUUUGAGAAAAUGUUCAUGAAAAAAAUACGAACUACAUUAUUCUAGAAAAUUUUUAUCAUAUUCUAAUUUGUCAUUACGACAUUUAUUUUUCUAUUUGCCAUUUGGCUUUCAAUUAAGGACCCAUCUUUAAUUGUAUUAUCUAUUAAAUUUUUUUUUAGAUAAGAAAUAUUUCGUUGGAGAUUUACUGCUUAGCUUUGCUCUGUCUAGGAAUUUCUAAUAUUUUCAUUCCAUAUUUUUGUAUUAAUUUUAGUAAUAUUCUUCUUAGUGAGAGCAGGAAUUAAGGAUUCUAAUAAUUAAUGCAUUAAAAGAGUAAACAACAUUUAGUUAGUAAGUCCAAAGUUUUCAGUUGUUUAGUAGCUGUUAUCUCAAUAAUAACGUUGAUUAUUGCCUCCAUGUUCUACUAAUUGUUAUCCUGCCUGAUAAUGUCUAUACUUUUCACGUUUAAUUCAGUACUUUGCUUAUUUUAUACAUUUUAUUUAUGAAAAGAG